AUGAAGUAUCUCACUUUGAUACUCAUUCUCGCUGCCGCAACUUUUGCUUAUGCUAUGUCACCUCAGCUGCAAAGUAGAUCUGACAUCACGAAUUCUCGGCUGCUAGUUAAACCUCCCACCACAAAUUCUCGGCUGCAAUUUAAACCUGCCACCACAAAUUCUCGGCCACAAGUGCCUGCACCAUUUCAACAUACGCUCUGUGUCCAAAUAGCAAUGUAUGCUGCCCUACACUUGCGACAUGUAUACCUAACAGUCAAAGCUGCAACAUUCCAUGCACUGUUAACGAUAUACCUUGUGGUAGUAAUGGUUGCUGCUACCCUAACGAACAGUAGCGGUGCAAGCAGUACUAGUGGUGGCACUAUUGUCACUGUUGUAACCAGUUCGUCUAGUACUUUUAAAGCUCAAACUCAGGUGCAAUUAUUCACCAAGUUUUUGACAAUGACUACCGCCAUACUAAUUUAUCUUGUUGUUCACAUGUAA